AUGUCAGCGAAGAUAACUGGUCCGAACAACGCCAGACAGGAGCUCCACGAGUGGCAGGAUGUGAAGCACUUUGUUAAAAAAGGCUUCGGCAAAAAUGCGCCUGUUCCUACGCAUGCGAUCUUGUUGUUCGAGAUAGGCGCUUCUCCUCAGAAGCGUUCGGCGGUAGUGAAGCGUACAGGAAACAAGCCGUCGUCGGUGAGCAAGAGCGUACCGAAACUGAAGGCUGUGCCUCAGAAGAAGACGUCAGCAGUGUUCGCUUCGCCGCGGGUGCAGGCGACGUCACCGCACACAUCGACGCGAACAACUGUGACCCUACCCAAGAAGAAGCCCGGCAGGAAACCUGGAGCUUCGCCAAAAAAGACGGUGGCUUCACCAAAAAAGGCAGCAGCUUCACCAAAAAAGGCAGCAGUAGGCAAGAAGGCGGCAGCUGUAGGCAAGAAGGCGGCCGCGUCGCCGAAAAAGGCUAUCAAAAAACCCAUGGUGAAAAAAGAACCGGUUAAGCCCAUGGCAACUCCCACCAAGAAGAUCGCAGCAAGCCCGAAGAGAAAGACGGCCGCGCCCAAAAAAAAAGCAGCCGUUAAGAAGACCGCUGCCAGCCCCAAGAAAGCGUCCCUUAUGACCAAAAAAACGAUUAUCAAAAGAUCCGGCUCUGGAACGGCCAAGACUCAAACCAAGGGCAAACCAAGCGUGAGACCUGUCAGCGCCGCUUCGGCAGAGGGCCGUCUCGGCAGCAGCGCCAUUUCCAACAUCAUCAGCAAGUUCAUCUGA